AUGGGGUCAUUAGAGGCAACUCAUAGACAGAGGGACCAUCUACCAACCAUAAGUUUCUUCACAAAGGACGGAUCUGGAUAUCCCUCGAGAAAUUCGACCAUCUCAUCACCAACACCACUCGUUAGCCCGACUACCAUGUAUCCCAGCCAACCUUCGCCUUACUCCUAUCAGCCUUCUGCGGCUAGCGCACCUCCGCAGCCCGGAUAUAUCUCCCCUCCGGAUUCGAGGCGGGCACUCGAGGAAGAGAAGGAGAAACAGUUGCAACCACAGAGACAAUCACUUCCUUCAAUUCACGAGGCGUUAAGGAAUGAUAGCCCUUUACCAUACCCUGCUCCACCUACGUCGGGUCCCCCGCCGCAAGCUCAUCCCGCUCCUCCACAUGCUCUCGUCACGCCAGCAGGCCCAUACAUGCGCGAACCUGCUUAUUCUCAGCUGCAAACGGAGGCUUCGCGGUCAAGCCUCGCAUCAAUCACCACACAGGAAUCGAGAAAUCCCUCACUACAGUCGCUCAACUCGAGCAAAUCACCUACCCACAGUGCCAAGACUGGCUUGACUUCGAUCACGGGCUCGCAGACGGGAUCCGGGUACGAAUAUAGUGCUCCUCCUUCGGCGGGGAGUAUAGCCUCACCCAAUGGAUACACUGCAUAUUCGCAGCCGUUCACUUUUCAGUCACAACCUCCACCAAACGCACCGACAUACCCUCUAGCCCAUCAUGAUACUAGACCCUAUGCCGCAACGCCCUGGAAACCUGGCGCGCCAGAACCACCACGUGUCGAGGAAUUGAAAAAUGGGCUGGCGGGACGUCCUGCGGUUCCGGUACAACCUCAAGGCGACUCUGCCAAGCGCCACUUGGACAUCUACGAAGUGGAGACUUCACUCAACGAGAUCGCCGAAGUGAGUACGCGGACUUUGGAGUUUUCCCGUCACUAUGCUACUAGAGCGCACCAGACUCAGCGGUCUGGGCCCAUGUUGGGGACUUUGCCUUCCCUUCACGAAAUCGAAGACAUGAUCAAUCUGCAACGUCGGAAUCAGGAUGCUUUGAUGCGGAUACGAACCGCUGUUUUGAACCAGGAGCAUGCCUUGGCGGAGCAGAUGGCUCAAAGAAAAGCUUUCAACGCCGGCGGAGUCCACGAUAGUGACCAUAUGGCAAUGUACCAAGAAGAUUUCAAGGGCAGUGGCGGAUUUGCUGGGCCAGAUACGAAAAAGCGACGAGGGAAGGCCGCCCCUCCUGGUCGUUGCCACAGCUGCAACCGAGCCGAAACUCCAGAAUGGCGUCGUGGUCCAGAUGGUGCUCGGACAUUGUGCAAUGCCUGUGGCCUACACUAUGCCAAAUUGACGCGCAAGAUGGGCGCUAGCAAGGCUGCAUCCCUGGGUUCCAAUCUGAAGCCCAAAGCCGCUCUCGAUCCCGCGCCUCCCGGUACCCGAUAG